AUGACCCAAUUAGAAGAAGAUUUGUCUCCAGAACACCUUGAGAAGAUACUUGUCGAUGAAGAUGACAAAGCUAUCGAUACUCUUGGCGGAGUUGAAUGCGUUGCUACAAAGGUGAACUCCGAUAUUAAGAAAGGUCUUUCGAAAAACCAACUAGAAAAACAAGAAUCGAAGUAUGGAUCGAACUCAGUUCCAGUUCGUGAAGUUCCUUCGAUAUGGCAAAUGCUUCUUGAUGCUUUAGAUGAUGCUACAUUGAAGAUUCUUAUUGCAUGUGCUAUUUGUAGUUUAAUUUUAGAAACCACUUUUGCUACUCCUGAAGAGAGAGGAACAGCCUGGAUCGAUGGAGCAGCUAUUUUAUGUGCAGUUUCUGUUGUUUCCCUUGUUCAAGCAUUUUCUAAUCAUGACCAAGCAUUACAAUUCGCUAAAAUUAAUAGAUGUAAUUAUAUAUACCCAGUACAUGUGAUUAGAGAUGGUUUCAUGAAUGAAAUAAAGAGUUCGGAAGUACUUGUAGGUGAUAUCAUUAUUUUAUCGCCAGGAGAUAAGAUUCCUGCAGAUGGUAUCAUCAUAGAUUCCGAUUCCCUUGAAAUUGAUACGUCAGCUGCAACAGGAGAGUCAAAACACGAUCUGAAAUCCCUUGACAACCCAUUUUUACUCAGUGGCACCCUCGUCAGCCAAGGCCGCGGCAAAUACCUUGUCCUUUGCGUAGGAAAACACUCCAAUUUCGGCAGAAUUUUCGCAACUCUUAAUGAAGAGCAAAAACAGACACCUCUUCAAGAUAAAUUGGAAGAUCUCGCUGAAAACAUCGGUUACGCCGGUAUGAUCGUCGCCGUUGUGUCCUUUGUCGCCCUUUUCUUACAUUGUAUUUAUAUGAGAGUCACAACGGGCUGGAAAUGGUCCGCCGCUCAAGAUUUACUCGAGUAUCUUGUCGGAGCUCUCUCAAUCGUCGUCGUUGCUGUUCCAGAAGGUCUUCCUCUCGCAGUUACGAUUUCUCUCGCAUAUUCAAUGAAAAAGAUGAUGAAAGACAACAACUUCGUACGCCACCUUCGCGCAUGUGAGACAAUGGGUAGCGCCACAGUCAUUUGCACUGAUAAAACAGGAACAUUAACUCUCAACGAAAUGAAUGUCGAAAAAGUCAUUAUCGGCGAUCAAAACAUAGACGCCAAAGACAAAGAACAAAUUUCGCAAUCAUUACUUGAUAAAAUAAUCGAAUCUAUCGCUGUAAAUUCUACCGCAGAAAUUACUGAGCACGGAUCGUUCGGAACACAGACGGAAUGCGCCCUCCUUAGAUAUGUAAUCAGUUUCGGCGCCGAUAUACGCAAGAUUCGUGACGAACACUCUGAUUUUCAUCAAUAUCAGUUUUCUACUUUGAGAAAGACGAUGUCUACAUACUACAAAUCGAAUCAGAAUACAAUAGUUAGUGCUAAGGGUGCUUGGGAGUAUAUCCUUGGCCAGUGCAAAUCAUAUUAUUCGAAAGAUGGAAAAAUAUACGACUUAUCUAACGACGUACAAGCUUCAAUGAAGAAAGUCAUCGAAGCAGGAUGCCGUCAAAGCUACAGAAUGAUGGCUGUCGCUAUGAAAGAAGUCGAAUCAGUUCCAAGAAACCAAGAUGAUGCAGAAAGUAACCUUACUUUACUUUGUGUCUUUGCCAUCCGUGAUUCCCUCCGUCCAUCUACUCCAUCUGCCAUUGCAGAAUGCCAACACGCUGGCAUCAGAGUCAUAAUGAUCACUGGAGACAAUCCACUUACGGCCACGGCCAUAGCCAACGAUUGCGGCAUACAGACAGGCGACAGAUCCGUCCUUACAGGUGACGAUCUCCGUGGAAAAUCCGAAAAAGAAAUUGAAGAUCUCGUAAAAUCCUGCUGUGUCGUUGCCAGAGCCAAGCCACUGGAUAAAUACGCUGUUGUCAAUGCUCUACAGCGUCAGGGCGAGAUAGUGGCCGUAACUGGCGACGGAACAAACGAUGCUCCUGCAUUACACACAGCAGACGUUGGUUUGUCAAUGGGAAUCUGCGGAACAGAGCUUGCUAAAGAAGCCUCAGACAUUGUCAUCCUUGAUGAUAACUUCAAAUCCAUUGUUUCCUCAGUAAUGUGGGGAAGAUGCAUUUACAACAACGUCAGAAGGUUCCUACAGUUCCAAUUGACAGCAAAUGUUGGAACACUCUUUAUUUCCUUCCUGUCGUCCGUAAUUCUGCAGGAUACUCCGUUCAAAGCUGUACAAUUAUUAUGGAUUAACAUGAUCAUGGACUCUCUUGGAGCUCUCGCGUUGGCUACAUCGAUGCCACAAAGAACUUUACUUCACAGACCUCCAAAUGAUAGAGAAGUUCCUCUAAUUUCGAGAUUCAUGAUUAAAAACAUCGGAUCUCAAUCGUUCUAUCAGAUAUUGCUUAUGAUGAUCUUGCUUGUGUUCCACGGACAAAUAGAAGCGAGAUCUGUUCACCAUUAUACAUUGAUUUUCAAUGUUUUCGUUUAUUGCCAGGUUUUCAACUUAAUCAACGCGAGAGUUGUUGACAGAGAGGAUAAGAUAUUCGACGCUUUCUUCUCUAACCCUCUGUUCUUGAUUAUAAUGGGAGGUAUCGCAAUCGUUGAGUUCAUCUUGGUUCAGCUCUGCGGAAAGUUCUUCGCAUCAGAGAAAUUGUCACUUUCUGAGUGGAUUUUCUCUGUUUCUAUUGGCGCUUUCUGCGUCCCGUACGGACUUGUUGUUCGUGCAUUGCCAAUCAACAUUUUCAACCAGAUUGUUGACGCUUUCGAUUACAUCAAGGGAUUGUUCAUAAAGAGCGAAUAA